AUGUCAAGACUUAAUUCAACAAAUGAAUUGCCUACAUACUUUGUUCCUAAGCCAAUUUACGAUCAGGCUAUGGACGACAUUGAGAAGAAAUCUGAGUCACAUAAUAAGAAACCAAAAUUUAUAAUAUCUCAUUGUCAUCUAAAAAGAUACAGAUAUUUUAAUACCCAGGAACCGGCACAAAGUCAUGCAAAUACAUUAGAAGCUGCACAUCAAGCAUUUGAGGACAGAAAUUUUAGAGUAUUAUAUGAAAUCAUCCAUAAAGGACUUGAUAAACGGGAUUUAUAUAUCUCAACACAACUUUUUGAGUACUUGUAUGCUGCAAUAGAAAUAGAUCCAAAGAUCACAAACAGACAUGAGAUGCUGGUCAAUGCUGUAAAAGGAUAUAAAGUACUGAACAAUGACGAAGAAGCGGAAGAUUUCAUCAAAAGAGCUCAUUUGUUAAUUAAGUUUAAGAAAGAUAACAACACCGAUGAGUCUAGUGAUAUUGAGAAGGAAGAACCUUUAAACAUUAAAGAUGAAAUGAUUAGUGAUGAGGAUUUUUAA